AUGGGGUUGUUUGCUGCGCCCCUCAUGCGCAUUCAGCGACGUGUCCUGGCAGUUGAGGCGAGUCUCCGGUACUGCCUGAUGCGCAUUCGGGACAGUGCAGAGUCCGUGGCGUUCUUCCGCGGCUUCAAAUACGAGUACGAGUGCUGCGCGGAAAUCCUGGACUAUGCGAUAUGGGCCGAAUACAAGAGAACCAGCAUCCGGCUCCUCUACAGCAUUUUCACUGUCUUAACCCAAAAGGGGGUCGACCUUGUACCAAAGCUGAUUCUGGCUCCUUUCUGCCUGCAAGGCAAGCUGGACUAUGGCACCGUUCAUUUGGCAGGCUCCUUGUUUGCAAGCGUCAUGGAUAGCAUGAUGGAUCUGGGCCAACGGCUUCCGCAAAUCUCCAUCCUCGGAGCGGAAGCUAUCCGCGUUGAGGAGCUUUGGGAUGCACUGCGAAAGAUCGAGGAGGAAGGCAAAGGCGAUGAUGCGAAGAGUGAAGCCUCUACAGGGACGGAUCCGGAGGGCUACUCUGACAUCGAGGGCCUGAGCUCUUCCGAUGAGGCGGAGGUGGACCUACCGGAGGAGCAACUGCACAUCGAGGACAUCGACCCUGUGACCUCCAACCUCCGGCUCCAGCUGUCGCAGGUCACACUGUUCCCACCUUUCGGCAAAGCUCCACUUGUGGAGAACCUCUCCUUCGAACUCCUCGACGGACAGUCCCUUUUGAUUGAGGGCCCCAGUGGAUGUGGGAAAAGCUCGUUGCUGCGGGCCAUUGCAGGCCUCUGGGUAAGUGGCCAUGGCAAAAUUCGCCGAAGCAAUCUCCAGAGGUGCUUCUUUGUGCCGCAGACGCCCUAUCUCUGUCUCGGCUCGCUUCGAGAUAGUCUACUCUAUCCGCCUCGAGAAGGUGUGGAGGAGCCAAGUACUCCACUGAUCUUCGAGGUGUUGAGCAAGCUGAACAUCGACCAUCUUCCGAAACAAUUCGGCAUGGACGCGGAAGUGGACUUGCAGAAGAUCCUCUCCGGGGGUGAACGCCAGCGGCUGAAUCUCGCGAGGCUUUUGCUCCAACCAAAGGUGGAUCUGGCCAUCAUGGACGAAUCGACAGCUGCCUUGGACGAGGAGAACGAGCGCACGGCCUACGAACUCGUGAAAAAUCAUGUGGGUUGCUACAUUUCUGUGGGUCAUCGCCCCGGCCUCCUCGCCUGCCACACGCAUCGGCUCCAGCUGGUGAAGACCACGAGCGACACUUGUCGUGGAGUGCUGACGGAAGUGGGAGCUGCAGGGCAGCGCGAUCGGCGCAGCACUAUGUGA